UUCAGUAAUACACUGGUUACAGUUCCACCCCGAGAACGAUCCUCGCCGCCGCCUCCUCGCCGCAGCCGUCGCCGGGCCUGCAUACAACCGUCGUAAAGCUGAAGAUAAUUUCAGGACUCAAAUAAUCGGACAACUCCAAGAAGACGUUCACACCCCUCUCCGAAAUUCCUCCCGCCGGCCGCGUCUUAGCAAUCGGGAAAUCGCCGCGUGUCCACCGCCGGCGAGCUUCCCUUCUCCUCCCCUCGCCCCCUCUUCUCUCCUUUUUAUUUUUAGUUGUACCAUUUUGCCCCAAUUUUUAUCUCCUUCAGAUCCCCAUUGCCGAGUUGAGGCACAGCCGCCUUCCUACGUCACCGCCCUCGCCAGCCGCUGUCACUUAGAUUUAUAAGUUGAAUUUAGGAAACCAGAGGUGAUAUUUGGUAACUGAUAAAGAUGCCGCAAGUGAAAAUUGUGGCGAGGAAUUUUAUGGACAUGGUGGCAUCAUUGCCUGCAUUGAAACUCGACAAGCUUUAUGAAAAUUCGUUCAUAUGUGAAGCCAUCCUCAGAUCUUUGCCUCCACUGGCAAAGAAAUAUGUGCUGCAGCUGUUGUACCUCGAUGGGCCUGUACCGGCAAAGUCUUUGGAAGAAUGGGUUCUCCCUGAUGGAGUUUCAAAGCACAAAGUUGCAAUAGAUAGAUUGAUUCAGCUUAGGAUCAUAACUGAAACUGUUGAUCGUAUCUGUAUCAUGAAUGGUCACCUUGUAUCAUUGAACAGAGGUGUAGUUGAUAACAAGAAGAAAGAAGCUACUUACUUAAUGACUCCAACAUUUCAGCGUAAUCUUCAGAAACACAUUGUGCAUGGUGGAGUUUUACCAAGAGAGCCAAUGCCUUCGAACAUCACUGUGAGGCUUCCUAGCUUGGAAGAUUUAGAUGCCUACGCUCUUAAGCAAUGGGAGUCUUUCUUGCUUCACCUCAUAAACUCUGCUGAUGCCGAAACGUCGACAAACAUAAGUUCUUCCAUGAUGAAGAUAUUCCAGCGUGGUCUUCUGGGUCAGAAAGAUGAUAGGGAACCUCCGAAAUUGACAGCAAGUGGCUUCCAGUUUCUGGAUCAUGGUGUAGAUACAGCUGACCUUAUAUCAUUUCUGCUGGAGCUCAGCUUUCAUGUUACGGGCAAGGCAUAUAACUUGAACACUUUAAAUGAUAUUCAGAGGAGUAUAAUAAAGGAUCUUGCUGACUUGGGACUGGUCAAGCUUCAGCAGGGCAGGAAAGAGAGUUGGUUCAUUCCUACUAAAUUGGCGACCAAUUUAUCCAUUAGCUUAGCGGAUACAUCAUCGAGAAAACAGGGAUUUGUGGUCGUGGAAACUAAUUUCCGAAUGUAUGCAUAUUCCACGUCUAAAUUGCACUGUGAGAUCUUGCGCCUCUUUUCAAAGAUCGAGUACCAACUUCCGAACCUCAUUGUUGGUGCAAUUACUAAAGAGAGCUUGUAUAAAGCAUUACUAAACGGCAUUACUGCCGAUCAGGCAAUGUCUUUUCUUCAGCAGAAUGCCCAUCCUCGGGUGGCCGAGAGAACACCUUCUGUACCUGAAAAUGUUACCGAUCAGAUUAGAUUGUGGGAAGCAGAUUUGAACAGAGUGGAGAUGACUCCUGCUCAUUACUAUGACGAGUUUCCAUCCCGGGAUGUUUUUGAGGCUGCCUGUAACUUUGCUCGGGAGUAUGGUGGCUUGUUAUGGGAGAAUUCAAAGAAAAUGCGCAUUGUGGUGAAAGCAGAGAUUUUCUCGCAGAUGAAAGAGUUCCUUCGUAGCCAAAGGCAAUAGAAUACACGGCGCUUAUUCUUAACGGCUUAAAAACAAGUUCUUUGGCCGAAAAAAAAAAAGAGUAUUACCUUCUGGAAAUUCAUGACUGUGACUAUAGACGCCGGGUUUCAAAUUUAUGCGGUCGAUUUUAAACGAAUGAGACAUAUUGGGAACACUAACUUGGAGCUGAACCUGUUUCUUGAUUUUUCAAAGUUGUAUUUAUUGGCAUGUCUGUUGAUAUAUAGAAUGUGCUUUCCAUUGGAGGAUAUUUGGUUGGUUUUCUCUUCAUUUAUUGAAUAGGAUUUGCUUAUAUGGUAGCUGAGAGUGGAGAAAGAUUCCCACAUGAAACAGUUUAUCAUAAUUUGAGUGAUAAAUGAUAAAUCUCUAUUUACAGCUACAUGUAAAAGUGUCACAGUUAAUUUCUUUUGAAUUGAAAUAUGACUUGAAAUGGUAUGAUUAUGCAAG